AUAUCAUCUUUCAUAUAUUUAUGUUUCUUUUCAUUGCUUUUAAGGGAAUUUUGUAAAUAAUGAGAUCAUUCCAAUAUCUAUUAUAUGCACAUGAAGAACAAUUCAAUAAAUAAAGAGGUUAACAAAAUUUACUGCAAAAUGAACGUUAAAAGGUUUUCUUGUGUUACAAACAAUGAAAGAUAUCCUAGUGAAGGUCAUGUUUACAAUUAAUGUUUUCGCUAUAGUAAUUCUAAUUCUAUGUUUUCAUUGACAUUGAUUUUGAAACUGACAGGAAAAUAAAAAAAUGAUCAGAAGCUUGUUUCUGUUUUCAUUGCUGCUUCAUUCGACAUUGGCCCUCCCUGUCAAGAAAUGGUCAACAUUAAGCGGAAAUGAACCACUUGUAAUAGCCCGUGGUGGUUUUUCGGGACUCUUCCCAGAAGGUUCUCCGGAUGCAAUUGGAAUGUCACAAGACAUAAGCAUUUUCUUGUGCAAUCUUCAGCUAUCAAAAGAUGGUGGUGCCUUUUGUGUCACUGGUGUUACCAUUGACAAUGCGACAACAAUAGCAACGUUUGAUCCUCAGCAGAAAGUUUACAAUAUCGAUGGGAGGGAUGUGCACGGACACUUUGCCACAGAUUACAUGGGUGCUCAGAUUGAUCAGAAUAUAUCAUUGGUUCAGGCAAUAUUUUCUCGGCCCAGUUUUUACGAUGGUGCUUACCCAGUUGUUAAUGUUGAUAGUCUCCUAAGCAGCAAAACACCACCAAGGUUUUGGUUGAACGUUCAGAAUGCAGCAUUCUACACCCAGUACGGAAUAAAAGCAGUAGACAAUAUUCUAGAGAUUUUGAAAGCUUAUCCAGCAAUAGAGUUUGUUUCAUCUCCAGAUAUUGGUUUCUUGAGGAGUAUUGCUGGGAAAACAAACAAGGCAAAAGUCGUCUUUCAACUUCUUAACCCUAUGGAUGUCGAAGCAACAACCAAACAGCCAUACGGCAAUAUAAUAAAGGAUCUUCCAACAAUCAAAUCAUUUGCAUCAGGCAUCAUGGCCCCAAAAGAAUUCAUAUAUCCAGUUAAACCGGACAAAUAUCUAGGACCUCCCACAUCACUUGUAGCUGAUGCCCAUAAAUUAGGACUCGACGUAUAUGCUUCUGGUUUUGCCAAUGAUUUGUUUUCAAGUUACAAUUAUAACUAUGAUCCUACUGCUGAGUACCUUCAAUAUUUAGACAGUGUAGAUAGUGUUGAUGGUGUUGUCACCGACUUCCCAGCUACAGCAUCUAAUGCCAUUGGGUGUUUUGCACACAACAACACUUUGCCCAAAAAAGGACCAACUUUAAUCAUAAGCAACAAUGGAGCAAGCGGUGUUUACCCAGGCAACACUGAUCUUGCAUAUCAGCAAGCUAUAACUGAUGGCGCUGACAUCAUAGAUUGCCCAGUUCAAAUGACAAAAGAUGGAAUUGCCUUCUGCGCAAAUUCUGCAGACCUAAUAACAGAAAGCACAGCUAUGACUAAAUUCAUGUCUCGUUCUUCCACUGUCCCAGAACUUCAACCAAAAAAUGGAAUUUUCUCCUUUGAUCUUACAUGGGCUGAGAUUCAAACAUUAAAACCUCAAAUGAUGAACCCUCAAGGCAAUGACUUUCAAAGAAACCCGGCAGAGAAGAACAGUGGUAAAUUUGUUACCCUUCCUGAAUUUUUGGAAUUGGCCAAGACAAAGGCAGUUACUGGCAUUUUGAUACACAUACCGAAUGCUCCUUACCUUGCAUCAAAGAAGGGUCUUGACAUUGUAGGUGCUGUCACCACUGCUUUGAGCAAUGCUACCUUUGAUAAGCAAUCCACACAACAAGUCUUCAUCCAAUCAGACGACACCUCGGUCCUAGCCAAGUUUAAAGAUAUCCCAUCUUACAAAAGGGUGUUGUACAUUGAAGAUAAAAUAGACGAUAUACCAGUAGAAACAGUGGAAGAAAUUAAGAAGCACGCAGAAGGACUGAAUCUUCCCAAAACCUCCAUUGUUAAAACAUCUGAUUCCUGGUUGGUAGCAUUAACAAAUGUUGUUAAAGAGUUGAAAGGUGCAAACCUAACAGUAUUCGCCCGUUCUCUCAAAAACGAAUACAUUUCGUUGGCUUUCGAUUAUUGGUCAGAUCCUAAUGUUGAGAUUGCUACUUACAUUAACACUGCCGCAGUUGAUGGCAUCAUUACCGAUUUUCCAGCCACUGCAAGCAGAUUUAUGAGAAGCCCUUGUAGCGAUCCAAAUAACCAAGCUGCCAUCUUAGCAGCUGAACCUGGUGAACUAUUGAAAACUAUUCCACCUGAUGUGAGACCAGCAGCACAACCUCCUGCACCUCUACAGGUUGCAAACGUUGUUGAUCCUCCUCUUCCUCCGGUUAUUGACGUGGCUAAACCCGAGACUCCAGCUGCACCUACUCCUCCUUCACCCUCAUCAGGUGAAAGGGCAUAUGGUUUCAACUCUGUUAACUCCCUAUUGUCAGUUUUGGUGGUAGCAAUGCUUUAUGCUGGUCAUCAUUGAUCUUAUUAAUUUGGCACUAUUACCAUUUUGGAUCGUCAAUUUACAUUUUGGGUAUUUGAUUGUAUCUCGAUUUGUACCAUAGAAUUCAUAUGGCACUAGUUCUCCAAACACAGUAAUUGGGACUAAAAACACAUUUGUGUUUGGAUUGUGUAAAAUUGUGAAAUAUUCAGCAACAUCAAUUGAUAUAUAAACAAAUCCAAGCUAAAUUUUACAGGUUGAGCAAGAAUUUCCAUUCUAUCCAAUUCAAUAUAUAACAUCAGAAAAUUUACAUUUACAUGACAAAUAUGAAACUUACAAUCAGAUUCAAGCGAACCACUAAAAAUAUGUAAUUAAUAUACACACAUAUCAGGCUACAACAAUUUUUCAUCAGCUUAAUCUUUCUUGAUAAACUAAUACAAAAAAAGAAAAAAAAGAAA